CAAAAGUUAUGUGGAUGCUUCUAUGAGGAUGAAGAUAUGUUUGUGGUUUUAUCGGUGUGUAUCUUAUCUGAUUUCGGACCACUUGAAGGACUCAACAAUGGGUAGUCGAGUUAAAAACAUUUGA